AUGAGCCCUAUUGCAACAGACCAGAUCCAGCCGGUGCGUCCUGUUCGUGAACAGACAUCGACCACACCGAGCGCAACAAACAGACCGCCGGGUAUGAAUAUACGCGAUAUUGCAGAAACCAUUCUUGGCAAUCGUACGCCAGCGUAUGACUCAACAGCAGCGGCUCAGAGACAAUCGACCCCUGGAGCAUCCUCUCUUGCGGCUUUGCCAAACGCGCCCUCAAACCUGAGGAAUAUACUGCAAGCUGUUACGGGUACUCAUUCUAAUGCAUUAGCCACUCACAGCUACCUUGCAACUGCGAAGACGAAUGGAAAAGGGACAAGACAGCGGAGGCAACCUGUUCCUCCGCCAAAUGAUCCCAUCGCUGAAGAAGCGAGGAAAAGACUCCAAGAGUUCCGAGAGCAGGCAGCGGCUCGCCGAGAAUCAGACAGAAUGUCACGCGAAACAGAAGCUGCCGAUUCUGAAAGGAGCGAUGAUGCUGGAGGGAUCGAAGGCAGUAAAGCCACUCUAAAUGUGGAUAAUACUACGGCUCACUACAGUCCUCGAGCACUCGAGGCAGCCCAGAUUCUUUUCAACAUUCAUAAAGAAGUACUACUACAAGUCUCUUCAUCACAAUUCCACCUCCAAGGCACAGAAAUUAACCAAGAAACAGAACGCGCUAAUCAUGGAUAUAAUCUUGGAGCGCGACAACCUAGCCGCACUCCACAACGAUUACAUUACUGGCAGUCAUCAAGAGACCAGUUUCCAGCGCCUACUGCAGAGCAUCAAGUAAGUCAGGUCCAACAGAGACUUCCCGACGACGACGAGCAUGAAGAGACCUCACACUCCAAUGGCAAACAUGAAGAUGCUAAUGCCAAUGCCAAUGCAGAGGAAACGGAUAUUCAAGACGAUACCCCGUCGACGUCAGAAUCUGAAGGAAGUCCGACAGGGAAAACACAUCGUUCGGUCCAAAGGCGUCUGCGCCUUCUGCUAGAACCCGUGCGAUUCAACGCAGGCAUCGGUCCUUUUGAGAAUAACCACACUGAGGAACGAGUGAGCCGUGACGUGAAUUACAUCGCUGAUCCAGCCGAUUACAGAUUAUAUCGCACUGCCUCAGGUCAGCAACGCCGCGUGAUACGUCAUGGACCGCCGAGUCUGCCCUCGUCGCUGCCAAGGCCCGAUCGGCCUACAAACAUUAGCGAGCACGAGCUCGACCUCAACUUGCACUAUUGGACUAGUGCGGAUGGUUUGAAAAAUGACAUGAAACCGUUUAAGCCAGAUUUGAAUCCAGCACCUCCAAAACCAAGGAAGUGGGAAGAUGUGAUUGCUUUGGCGCAAAGAGAACAAGAGGACGCACAGCGCGGUGUCUCGGCCGCCGCCGGCAAGGCCAAAGGUCAAAAGCGCAAGGCAGCGGGGACCAACCAGAGAGCCAAAGCCGCUGAGAGCACGAAGAAACCAAAGAGCUCGCACGCAAAGCAAAAAGCGACAGCAAGCCGUCGCGGAGCGGGGACGACUCCCACACGGCUUGGAACCUCGUCGCGAGAAACCAGGUCCGCGGCCAAGAGGAAAAAGGGCCAGGCCGCUGAGACCGACAACAGUGACGGAGAUACCCAGUAG